GUAACGAAGGACGAUUCAGUGUUCAGAGUUAUUACUCGGAACUAGAUCCUGAAAAAAUAGAUGAAAACUCGAUUGUUCACGAUGAAAAAGCAAAAUCAACAAGAAAAUCAAGCGCUGAAGAUGCAACAAGUGGAAACCAGCUCAACGAGCCGAAUGAUGAUUUAGUCGAAAAUCCACUUUUUGCUUCUGCUUCUUCGUUCAAACCACACGAAACUGAAGAGCUAAAAAAUCUGAGUUUAGGCAAAAAUUCGAACGAAGAAUUCAGCGAAGUUUUGAGUGAAAAAAAGGUUGGAGUUAACUUCUGUUCAAACCCUGACUCGAGAAAGCAGUUUGUAAACCUGCAUUAUAACAGAGUUGUUCGGCCAUUUGAGUCGGGAAGUGAAAACGAAAAUGACUUGGCCGAACAAGAAACAAGCCGACUUAGUUUGGUGUCAGAAAUAUCAAUGAAAAACGAGUCGCUUAAACCUGCUGUUCCCAAACAAGAUUUGCCAACUAUGCAGCAGAAGUUCCGCAACUGUUUCUUUCGCGAUGUGGCCAUGCAAACUGAAGAACCUCAUCUGCUAAUAGAUAGUGAAUCACAGCUGGUGCAAGAAAAAACAGAAGAUAUCUUUCAAGCUAAAAGUGACUUAGAAAUGGAACACGCGCCGCAGUGUUUCUCGCCUUCUAGCGGAAACAAUGUGCCUCAAUCUCCGUUCAGUUUCAAAUCUCUCAGAUCCCUCCAAACCCCCUCGCCAAAGGAAAAAAACCGAGCAUCAUCUAUGCUGGAACAAGCUUCCGACGACCUCAGUAAUAAACACACUCAAAACUUGAACUCCUUCCGAAAUAAGUCAUUCAACCAUCACGAGUUCUCACCAGUGGAUAUAACCGAGAAGCGACACCAGUUCGGACUUAAGUACCGCAACUCGAUUCGGAAGUUGUCGUCGUCGAUGUUUCCGAUUCGCGAUGGGAAAUUUAUUGUUUCGUUGGAGGCUUCGGCUGAGAAUACACCUGUGAGUACGCGGUGGAAAAAACCGAUAGGACUGAGUCAGUUGAAUGAUUCGACGAGCGAGAGUAUCUCGAAGUCGUUCAACGUCAUAGCGAGAGACGGCAGCAUCGAGAGUCGCAAAAUCCACCAGGAUAAAUCGGACGGUGGAAGUUGUGUCAAAUCAGACAAUGUACUCAAUGGACACGUUGAUAACCGAAUUGACCCAACUGACACAGACGAAACGCAGAAUCAGAGUACCAACCCAAUAGCGGCCGAAUCAUCAGAUAAGAGGUCAAAUAUAACUACCACAUCUGGGGAUAAAUUAUUGGGCAAAGAUGGCCGAAAAAGCACAUUGACCAGAAAUAUCAGUAGGGUCAAUACACUUAGCCCAAAAGCCCCCAUAGUAUCAGCCGACGAUGCUGCGUUUCUCUUUGAAGAUGACGACUUUGACGUUCUAAAUGGAUACUGCGAAGAUUUGGACGUUUCAUCUAUUUUGGCAUCACCAAAGCAAGGCUAUAGUUUGUCCCAAAACGGGUUAAAUAACCAUAAACAUGAUUUGAAUUCUGCGUCACCAGAAAGUAAGUCACGUGUUCGAAAAUCAGAUGGUAUAAAAGAUAGUUCAGAUAGUUUCUUGUCAAUUUAUAGAGACUCAUUUCGCAAGAGCAAAGUGCUGAAUAGUAACACUGCUAGUAGUAGUCAUAACCAGCCAGUUAAUAAUCAGCAGUACUCUUCUGCUGCAGAAGUUAAUCCGAUUAGUAGUCCUGCUGCGAGUGAGGGGAAGAACGAUAGAAACCCUGCAAAGCACUUGUUAUCACCAGAUACGAUAGUUGGAGGAUCUGAAUUUGCCGUUACUUCGCUGCCUCGAAAUCUCAAAAAGUAUUCGCACACGUUUUACAACCCGAACAGCCCUUUGGGUCAUACACUCUCUGCGGUAAACACAUUUGACUCUUCGAAUGGGUCCAUAAUUUCACCUCAAUCGCGUAGAAACUCGAACACUCCAUUUCUAUUCCCGAAACGAGGACUGACGACAACUAAAUUUGUCGAGUCGUGUCUGAUCAGCGGACCUGUCAAAGUAUACCCAAUUUGGGUUAGACAUAGUCACCAAAUAUCACAGUUUAGAAACUACAGCGAGGGGUCUUAUCUGGACAACAGUUGCAACAAGCAAGCGACUUUAGUUAACCCAAAACCAGAGUCUGUUCGAAAGUCGAAAAAAUAUAAAGACAGUAAAAGCAACCCGAUGUUCGCUACCCUGAAGGAAACCCUGAAGACCCCCAAGGGACUGAAGAGGAAGAAGAAUAAAGGUCAGAAAGGGUCAAAUGCGGGGGGUCAGGAGAAUACUUGGGGUGACUGGCCGACUCCUACUCCUAGUGCUAAAUCGUCAUUUGCUGGCAAUUAUGCAAAUAGCAGCAACACACCAAUACUAGUUACAAAAGUGGACCAGAAUUACUUUCCCCAAUCUGGAAAACCCGAUACAAUAAGGCGGCUCAGUUACCAACAAAACAAUUUCUGCUAUGAAUCAUCACUACCACGUGUCUUUGGCAAUUCACUCCAACCGAAAAACCUGGCCUACAGAAAUUCUGUUGUGACUACUUCAUCGGCUGAAAAUGAGGGACAAAUGGCAGACCCCAGAGCCAGGACUAAAAGGUCAGGCUCGUUCUCGAAGGUCAAGAAAUUGUUCACGAAACGACCUUUGACCGAAUAUGAGAAGAAGAAAAUGAGCAAUGAACGAGAGAUUCAGAACGAUUUCUCGACUAUGAGCAGACCAUUUUAUAUCACCGGUCUGGACGAUUUGACAAUUGUUAAGGACGAUAAGAACUGCAGCUGGGCUAUUGAAAAGGAACCUCAAAAUUCGACCCUAACCAAUAGCGAAUCCAAACCCCAAUCGACGCCAGAAAAUCUAAACUAUGUCUCAAGCUACGGCACAUCUCUCAACGGAAGCGGAAUGAACUUCUCGUCCGGACCCGAAACAGAUAUUUAGAAACUAUCAAAAAAUAACUCGAAUUAGACCAAUUUUUUGUGUAAUCUUGUGUAUCUCCUGAAAUCUUCUGUGUUGUAUUACUUAGAAAAUUAAAUAA